UGGGCUUUGCACACCCAACGGUUCAAAGAGACUAGCCAUUAGAAUUUGACCUCAUAUACUCGAGAUGUUUUUCAAUGGACUUGUGUCUACCGCACGGCUGUUCUCCACUUCUGCCGCUCAGCAAUUCCCAAAGUUGAAGUCACACAGUGGUGCAAAGAAGAGGUGGCGGUCGCUAUCAAGUGGAAUAUUUAAGCGUGCCCACGGGUACCACAAACAUUUGAAUGUCAACAAGAGCCCCGCGCAGAAGAACCGACUGUCGAAAACUGCGUAUUCAAAUCAUACACAAACCGCGACGUUGAAGAAGCUUCUGCCUUACGGCUCACCAUAAUUCGGAGGAGACAUGCUAUUUCGCCUGUAACACUGUACACACAU